UUGUUCCUAGAAAAAGAGUAGCAGUCUUUUCAUUCUCCCGCUCCACUUCCCCAAAAUCUCCCCUCUCAAAAUUCAUUUUCUUUAUUCUUCUUCCAAAUUUCGUCGUUUUCUUUCUAUUCACCAUUUGAAUUUUCCCUGCUUUCCCCAAUCGUAUACACUUUGUACCACUACUGGGUCAAGUCCAAGGAAGAACAAUCCGCCCAAUCUACAUUAACCAUUCAAAUCACAAGGGUUUAGCUAAGUUUGUUGAGUAGAGUCAAGGGUGUGAAUAUGACGGAGGAAGAUGCCAAAGAACAGCUGAAGGGUACAGAGCUUCAGGCAAGAAAAACCCAGGUUACUCAGUUGCCUUGCGAUGGCGAUGGCAUUUGCAUGCUCUGUAAGGCCAAACCUUCAGACGUGGAGACUAUCACUUGCAAAACUUGCGUCACCCCGUGGCAUGUUAGUUGUCUCUCUAGUCCCCCUGAAACCCUGGCAUCCACCCUUCAAUGGGACUGUCCUGAUUGUUCCACCCCUCCUGAAGAUGUUAUCCUUCCUCCGCCAGGCAACCAUUCAUUCCCCACCGCGCCUUCUAGUGACCUUGUCACGUCGAUUCGAGCCAUUGAAGCCGAUGUCUCUCUUACUGACCGUGAAAAGGCAAACAAGCGCCAGGAACUUCUCAGUGGAAAGUUGCAGUCCGACAAGGACGACCAUGAUACCAACAAGGAAAAGAUUAAAAAGGGAGAUAAUGUUUUUGAUUUGAUUGACGAGAGAUUGAACUGUUCCUUCUGCAUGCAGUUACCAGAAAGGCCUGUCACUACUCCAUGUGGCCACAAUUUCUGCUUAAAAUGUUUCCAGAAGUGGAUUGGACAAGGAAAGAACACUUGUGCAAAGUGCCGCUCCGUGAUUCCCUCCAAAAUGGCUAGCCAGCCCCGUAUUAACUCCACCCUUGUAACGGUCAUUCGUAUGGCUAAAUUGUCAAAAUCCUUUGCUUCUGGGGGAUCUCAGAAGGUUUAUCAUUUUGUUCACAAUCAAAAUAGACCAGAUAAAGCCUAUACCACUGACCGGGCACAAAAAAAAGGAAAAGCUAAUGCUGCAAGUGGAAAAAUAUUUGUUACAAUUCCAUCUGAUCAUUUUGGUCCUAUUCCUUCCGAAAAUGAUCCUGAGAGGAACCAGGGUGUUCUGGUUGGUGAAUGCUGGGAGGACAGGCUAGAAUGUCGUCAAUGGGGUGCUCACUUUCCACAUGUUGCUGGUAUAGCAGGACAAUCAAGUAUUGGUGCACAGUCGGUGGUUCUUUCUGGUGGCUACCAAGAUGAUGAAGAUCAUGGGGAGUGGUUUCUCUACACUGGAAGUGGGGGUCGAGACCUUAGUGGGAACAAGCGUACAAGCAAGGAUCAAUCUUUUGACCAGAAAUUUGAAAAAUCAAAUAAAGCGCUACAAGUUAGUUGUGCGAAAGGUUACCCUGUUAGGGUUGUCAGGUCUCAUAAAGAAAAGCGUUCCUCUUAUGCUCCAGAGAAGGGAUUGCGGUAUGAUGGAGUUUAUAGGAUUGAGAAGUGUUGGCGUAAAGUGGGAAUUCAGGGCUUUAAGGUAUGUCGAUAUUUAUUUGUUAGAUGCGACAAUGAUCCUGCUCCAUGGGCAAGUGAUGAACAUGGAGAUCGACCUAGACCCUUACCUGCAAUUUCAGAGUUGAAAAAAGCCACAGAUAUUACGGAGAGGAAAGAAGGGCCAUCGUGGGACUUUGAUGUGAAAGACAGUCGAUGGAAGUGGGCUAAAGAUCCACCAACGAGCAAGAAACCAGUUGAAGCUCAAGAUUCUACUGGGAAGAGAACAAGGAUAAAAAUUAGGCAAUCACAUAAUAUGAGUGUUCAAGAAAAGUUACUGAAAGAGUUUAGCUGCCUUAUUUGCCGGGAGGUGAUGAGCUUGCCAAUUACUACGCCUUGUGCUCAUAACUUUUGCAAGUCAUGCUUGGAAGGUGCUUUUGUGGGAAAGACAUUCUUGAGAGAGAGAAAAACUGGUGGACGGGCUCUUAGAUCUCAAAAGAAUGUCUUGACUUGUCCUUGUUGCCCCACGGACAUAUCUGAUUUUCUACAGAAUCUUCAGGUAAAUAGAGAGCUAUUGGAUGUGAUAGAGACACUAAAAAGUAAGAUUGAAGAAGAAAAGCUGUGUGAAGAAGAAGAGAUAGACGAGGAAGAGGAGAAUGAUGAGGAUGGGGAUGAGAAUGAAGGUAAGGGAAAAGAUGAAAGCAACAGUCCUGUGGAAACAAGAAAGCGAGCAAAGGUGGUGGAUGAUUUAGAAUAAAAAAAGUAAACAAAGUGGUGUGUGGGUCUUGGCUGGGCCUGGAGAGAAGUAGAGACGACUGAGAUUUUGUUUCACAAAAAUUUUGGGUAGAUAUGAAUGUGGCUCAUGUCAUUUGAUUUGAACACAAUAUCAAGUGACCAUAUUGUUAACUUGUGCUAGACACAUUUUAUUUCUAUCUUUUAGAUAACUUUUGUGUAAAUGGGCCAAUUCAGUUGGACUCUAUUUGUAGUACAAAGCCAUGGGAAAUGCUUUUGAUGGAAAUGUAAAUACACCAUUUCCAGUUCAGUUAUAUUUGUAGGCUUGUUUUCAGUGCCUUGAAUGCAAUUAUGACAAAUGGGUUACUUCCUGGGAA